AUUCGCUUCAUCCUGAUCCAGAACCGGGCGGGCAAGACGCGCCUGGCCAAGUGGUACAUGCAGUUCGACGAUGACGAGAAGCAGAAGCUGAUCGAGGAGGUUCACGCCGUGGUCACCGUCCGGGACGCCAAGCACACCAACUUCGUCGAGUUCCGCAAUUUCAAGAUCAUUUACCGUCGCUACGCCGGCCUCUAUUUCUGCAUCUGCGUCGACGUCACCGACAACAACCUGGCCUACCUG